AGGAUGACCGACAAUCGGACUUCCUUUCGCUUGGAAAUACUGAAUCGAUUGUGCAAACGAGAACGCCAGCAAAGAUGUGUGAAAGACAUGUUCAAAAAUUAUUCGUUAUUGGAUGAACAAUUGCAACAAUCACACCGAUCGAGAUCUGUUUCUGUAAACGAUGAGCACUUUAAAGGAAAUGUAAACGAUCGAUUAGCUGUUAUGAAAGAAGAAAUGGCAAAUGUAUACAGAAUGAAAAGUAAAAAUGAUCAGGACCUUAUUGAUGCAAAUAGAAAGUUGGCUGACAGUGAAUCUCGUUAUUCUCUGGUUUCCUCACAGAGAGAUAAAUUGAGAAUAGAAACCGAUGCUAUUGUAAAAAAAAUGACUGUAUUAGAGAACGAGUUGGCCGAAUUGAAAGAAGAAAAUUCUGUGAUAAACACUGAAAGAGUAUCUCUUGUUGCAACUUGCAAUUAUCUUACCGAGAAGAAAACGCAGCUAGAUAACGAACGAUUUCAGUUAUUAAACAGAAUACGUGAACUACAGGAAAAGUCUGCGGAAUUUAUGAAUGCUGAAAUAGCUUUGCAAGAAGAACGCGCACAGAUGCGAAUCAGAGAACAGAUUGCAAAAGCUACGGCUGAUUUAAAUUUAGGUGACGAGCGAGCAUCUUCAGCAUUUGGUACAUCUCCCGAAACUUUAGAUGAGUUUAUGAUGACCGACGUCUUACCAUCAGAAGUUAAGUUCAAAUUGUCUACACACGAUGGAGAAGUUCAUGAUGUUGAAUGGAUGUCUGAUGAUACAUUUGCGACAGCUGGAAGUGAUUCAAAAGUUCAAAUUUGGAGAGUUUCGCCAAAUAAGACGGAUGCUUCAAAAGUUUCAACUCUUUCUGGCUGUCUGGGACCAGUUAAUCGUUUGGAUUACGACAGUCAACGGCAUGUAUGUCUUGCUUCCAGUAACGAUAAAACAUGCAGAUUAUGGAAUAUUGAUUCGCAAAGACUAUUGAGUACGUUUUCUGGCCAUACGGAUAAGGUUUCAUCUGCAAGAUUAUUCCAGUCACACAAUGUCAUAUCUGGAUCUGCGGAUCGUACAAUCAAGAAUUGGGAUAUCAGUAGUAUUCGUUGUCUCAAAUCAUAUCUUGUUGGAUCCACAGUAUUUGAUAUUGUUGCUAAAUGUGGUGUUUCUCAAUCCAGCUUCAUUUCUUCCCAUUUUGAUAAAAAGGUUCGGUUCUGGGAUGCACGCUCUUCAGAUGCAACGUAUUCAGUAGAACUCGGACAAAAAGUCAGCUCUCUUGAUAUCUCGAUGGAUGGUCUUCAAGUUCUUGCUUCAUCACGAGAUGAUACACUUUCCUUGAUCGAUGUUCGCAACUAUGGAAUUAUUCAUCUCUACUCAGCAGAACAGUAUAAAACUAGCUGUGAUAGUACGAGAGCAAUCUUUUCAUCUACGGGAGAAUAUGUGCUGGCUGGAUCUUCGAAUUCGUCUGUUUUCAUUUGGAAUACAAAAACCACAAAGUUGGAAAAAGUUGUGAAAACUGCGAGAUCAGAUUCGGCUCAAAUAAUGUCUCUGGCAUGGAAUCCGUCAGGCCGAGGUCUUCUAGCUUGUGAUCGUCAGAAGACUUGUACACUCUGGAGAUGAUCUUCAAUGUAUGAAAUUGAAUAUAAUUGUACAGAAUCAUCAUCUGUGUUAUAAAUGUGCAUAUCCAUUUUUAAAAAAAUAGUUUUACCCGCGUUUUUCAUGUUUUCUUUCAGAUUUUUCAUUAUGAACAUUCGUUUGAAAUAGAAAAAAAUUGUAUGAUAUUUAUACAUUUUAAUUUAAACCGGUAAUCCUCAAAAAAUGCCUGAAUAUUACAAAUUCUGUGUUAUCACCACCUAUCCCUUGUAUUCUAUGAACAUAAAAUGCACAUUUUCUU